AUGCCAAUGUCAUUGCGAGUCAAUCCGCAAAAGAAAGAGCUGUUUGAACAAGACAAACAACGACCUAUUAAGAGGAUCAAGACCGAACAUAUAGUACCUGUGACGCCCGCUCAGACACCGCCUUACCAUCCAGACUCAUUCCCAAUAAUACAAUCUAGUCCAACCCCUGCGAGCCAUGACGGGUCAAUCAACUCGACCCACGUCGGAAAUGCCAAGCAGGCUGGUUUGUACAAUGUCGUGUCUGAGGGCAUGCCAGUACCAGGGAAACCGCUGUCAAAGACGCCGGCCAUAUAUCAGGACAUGGGGUUAGAUAAAUUGCCUACAGACCCAAAGCCACAAGUCGACUGGCUCGUUGCUACAAUUCGCAGCAUGUCGCAAGAUCCACACAGAAACGGCAUUGGGCUUUCUGCCCAACAUCUGAAGGGUAAAAUCUCACUUCCGCUAGGUGAUGCCCAAGCAACUCCCGUGACUCGGGUCUUGACAAAUCGAUAUUGGAAAUCUGGACGUAGAAAAGGUUUCAAGCGUGGCCCAAGGUCAGGUUCAGGAGACGGCUUUACAAUUACCCUCACUCCACUCGAAAACACAAUUGAUGAUGUGCUAUUUCGAGAAGCCUCCGACUCUGAGAGAUUUUAUGGCAAACUAAUCCUAGACUGCCUACGGCGAAGACGAGGAACGUAUGACUUCGACGAUGCCCGAGCACUGGCCGAACGCUUACAAAGCAGCCAUAGUCGUCUAGCGUUUUUAGCCGCGCUUGAAACGCUAGCAAAAAGUGUUGUUGUACAAAACGCAUUGCAACCAUCACCUGGGGAAUCUGUAGAGGCUCCUAGCAUAUCUGAAGUACCUAGUCUAGUAAGCGAUUCGGACAUAGCAGAUCUCUCGACUUCUACCGAAUCUGAAAAAUCAUUAAACAGCCACCAAGUGGAUGCCAGUUCGCUACAAAACCAAGCCUCAAGAGACCAACAUCAGGCACAACUGAUCUCAGGCGGGGAAUGGGCAAUUCAGCCGUUGUCUAAGGUUCAUUCUGCUAAUUCAAAGGUCAAUGCAGUAACAAUUCCAGCUUUGAAUGACGCCACCACCAACAACAUGCCGUACAGAAGCCUUCCAAAGAUCAACAAGGCUCAAUUGCGACUUACAAGCAACUUGACUGCGAAUGUAAUUAGGAAUGCAUGUGCGACUCUCGUGGAAAUGGCGGAGGGACAAUUCAGCGUCACCACAAGCUCAGCUCAUGAGUCCGGUGCAAAGCAGAUUAGCGCAGAGUCCAUCCUACCGCAACAAAGACAAGCUGAGGAUCAUGUCUCGGCAAUGGAUCUUACCGAUAUUCAGGGCAGUGACAACGGCCGUGAGGCCAGUGGGCCACAAACAACGGCUGGGCCGACCCGUCAAGCCCGGUCAGGAAACGACCAAUCUUCGACACUUGCCAAUGGUGAAGACUCACAGGCUCGGAAAAGCGGUCAUGACCUGGGGCAAGAACCUAACGUCAGGCCUUUGAGAGACCGGAGGCAGCAGAUCAAAGAGAAUCCGAACAUCGACAAAGAAAUCUAUGCCCUUAUUGAAGGCAUCAUCCUUGAGCUCGUAUCAUACACAGACCACGACCACGGCAUUGCUUCUUUACCUCUUCAUAUUGCUCAAUUUCAAUACGUUCAUCGCGAAAAGUUCAUUAUAAGCCUACGUUACCUCUUAGACAAAGCACCACCCACAGUGAGUUGCCUCAUAGAUGACGAGCAAACAGAGGUCAGCAAGAUCUUGUAUCGGCUCAUACAAAAUCGCGUUUCCCAGCCACGAAUUUGGUAUCAGACGAAUCAGGCCCUUACCAGGUCACCGGUAUACGGCUCUCCAAAGACGCUACUCAGUAAUAUAUCCCCGCUACGUAAAAUUGCACCUAAAUCACGCCGCAGUAACAAGAAGCAAGCUUUACCCAUAGAUAAAGAGGGCGAUUUAGAUGCGCCCGACAUUUUGGGGUAG